CUCCUCUUUUCUCAUUCCAUUCUUUCUUCUCUUCCUUCCUUCCUUCCCCAUUUACCCAUUCCUUAUUCCUUCUCCCAACACAUGACACAUUCCACAUGGAGAGCCCCGAUUUCUCACCGCCUCACGCCGACGCAUCCAGACCCUCCUUAGCCUUUCCUCUCGGCACUGCUCUCCUCCUUCUCGUUAUCUUCACCUUGAGCGGAAUCUUCUCCUGCUGCUAUCACUGGGACAAACUCAGAUCCCUCCGCCGCUCCGCUUCCCAAUUUAACCCUACUUCUCCCUCCAAAUUUACCCCUACUUCUCUCGAUUUGGAGAAGAAUCAGAGAGACAGCUUAUCGGUGAUGAUGCCCGGGGAUUCCAUUCCCAAGUUCAUUGCGAUGCCGUGCCCCAGGGAGCCGCCACGCCCGGAGAUGGUCGAGGUAAAAGUGGAGAAACCGCCGAAGCCGCCGCGAAUUGCGGUUCCUUUCAUUUAGCACAUUAAGAUUCAUCCUUGAUUGAUCUUUGUACAUUGUAAAAGCAAAUGAAUUCUUUCCAAUUUCAUCUGUUAUCUUCCCUUGCAAAACGCAAUUUCAAUUUCUAUAAUUUACAACCAA